AUGCGUUGUUCAAAUAAUAAUAUUGUUAUUGUUCGAAGUGCUUCACAUGGUGUAGCACGAAUUUCAGGUUCAUGUUCAUAUACACCAGGUGAUUGUAUUAUUGAUGCUAUGAAUAGUGUAACAUGUUUAAAUGAUUCAAAUCAAUGUUCAAUUUAUAUAACAAAACAAAAAUUAUCUCAAUGUAAUGAUCAAUAUAGUAGUUAUUUUCAUAUUGAAUAUGAUUGUGUUCCAAUACAAAUAAAUGAUACAUCAAAAGAAUAUAAUAUAUGUCAAAAUGGUACAGAAAUAACAACUGAUAAUGGAAUUAUUCGAAGUCCUGGUUAUCCAUCACAUUUUCAAAUAACAACAUUCGAAUGUGUUCGUACUAUACAUGUACCUAAUAAUAAAAUAAUUCGUUUAUGGUUAUCAGAUCUUUAUAUUGGUUCAGAAAGUACAAAUUGUGCAAAUGAUCAUGUUUAUGUUGUUGACAAUAUACAAACACAUCGACAUUGUGGACAUAAGAGAUAUGCUUAUCCAUAUAUAUGUUCAUCAACAAUAAUUAUACAAUAUUUAGUAACGACAAAUUUUCCAACAUAUAGAGGAAUGAGAAUGUAUUUUGAAAUUGUUGAUCGACCAAUUAAUGAUAAUUGUCCAAAAAUAACAGUAACACCAGUACCAAGUACAACGACAGCAAUAGCGACGAUUGAAUCGACUUUAUCAACAAAUACACCUAUUUAUGUUAUACUAGGUAUUGCAUCACCGACACGAAGUUUUCAAAUUUGUGCAGGUGAGUUAUAUACAAUUGAAUGUCCAAAUGAUUAUGUUAUCGCAAUCACAACAAAUAUAUACGGUGUUACAUCAUCAGAUCAAUGUGAAGCGCAUGAUGCAAGUAAACAUUGUGUUAUUACAACAAAUCCACCAUUUUUAUGUCGUCAAACAUGCGUCUAUAUGUAUACAGGAAAUGAAGUUAUACCAUCAUGUAAUAAUAAAAUAGCUUCAUAUCAAUAUGUUGAAUAUCAAUGUAUACCAACAAAAACUAUUCUUGUUUCAACAAAUAGCUCAUGUCGAAACGAUGGUUCGAAAACAAUCAUUCCAAUUGAUCGUAAUGGUCGAUUUCAAAGUUAUAAUUAUCCAACUUUAAUACCAAUGAAUUGUACAUAUCGAUUAAAAACUAAACCUAAUUAUAUAAUGCAUAUAUAUGCAUUAGAUAUAAGUUUAAAUAAUUAUAUAGACGAUUGUAAAUCAAAUAAGAUAACAUUUAUUGAAGAUACUGAAAAUCAAGGUUUAGAUUUUUGUGAACAACGAACCCAUAGUUUAAUUUAUUCAAGUUGUUCAAAUGAACUUGAUUUACGUUAUCAGAUAACUGAUGCUUCACACAUGUAUUCCUAUGGUAUUGAACUAUAUAUUGAAACUCGAGCACAUCCAUUUGAUUGGUCUUGCGGAGGAGAAGAAGUUUUAUCAACAUCAACCAAUCCGACAAUUAUUCAUACAAUACCAACAACACCACAAGCAAUAUUGCUAACAAAUAUUUCAUUUAUACGUCCACUUGAUGAAAUUGAAUAUGAUAUUUGUUAUGGUGAUGUAUUAAUUUAUAGUUGUCCAUCUGGAUAUACAUUUAUGAUACUUGAUGCUUAUUAUGGUAUUAAAAGUGAAACAUCAAAUAAAUGUGGCUUUAUUCAAGGUGAUUGUGUACAAGAUGCAACAUCAACAAUAACACAAUGUCAAAAUGAUUUACCUGGUUGUUAUUUACCUUAUUCAAAUAAACGUCGAUUAGCUCAUUGUUCAGAUCGAUAUGCUGAUUAUAUACAUAUAACAUAUCAAUGUGUACCAAGUUAUUCCAUUGAAUCAACACCAAAUUUACAAAUGUAUGAUAUUUGUGAUACGAAUAAUUCGAUUGCAGGUUUUCAUGGGAUUGUUUCAAGUCCUGAUUUUCCUAGGUAUACACAAACAAGUAAUGAAUGUCAAAGAGAAAUUGUUGGCAUAAGAGAUAGAGUAUUAAAAAUUUGGCUUAAUGAAAUGGCUAUAUCAAGUGGUGAUCAACGUACUUUAAAUGAUGAAUCAAGCGAACCAGAUUUUAUAAUUUAUAAAAACAAUCAUGUUAACGAUUUCGACCAUAUCGAACAAAGAUAUCCAUCAGUUCGUGAUAUAUGUGUAAAAGAUUAUUUAAUUAUAGAUACUUCACAUAUAACAUAUAUUUAUUGUGGUAAACGAAAAAUAGCACUUCCACCAAUGUGUAGUACAAGUGUGAGAAUACAAUAUAAAACAACUUCAGCAUCGAAUCUUUUUUAUAAAGGUUUUAAAUUUUAUUAUGAAUGGAUUACAAAACCAGCGAAUAUAUUUUGCUUUGGAAAUCCAUCAACAGUUGAUCCAUCAGCAUCAACAACACCAGCAAAUGAACCAUUACCCAUUUGGGCACAAAAUUUAGAUGUUUCACCUAUUUUCAAUAAACAUCUAUGUUUUGGUACCAUAGAUUCAUUAAAAUGUCCACGUUCAAAUGAUUAUGUACUUGCAAUAAUAAAUUCAUAUUAUGGUGUUACAGGUACAGGCUUAUGUGAAAUUCCAUCAUUAUUUCAUUGUCGUCAAGAAGCUGCCCUUAGUUUAAUAUGUACACAUUCAUGUGUUUUUGAGUAUAUUAUUCCGAAACGACUUUCACAAUGUGGAAAUCAGACUGCUGAUUAUAUUAAUAUUGAUUACCAAUGUCUACCAACACGAUUACCAAAUAAUGAAAAUUCAAUUGAUAUAUGUGCAUCAACAAUAACAGAUACCAUUGCAAUUGAUAAAGGUAUGAUAAUAAGCCCACAAUAUCCAUCAUUAAGUUUAACAAGUAGUUGCUCAAAAAAAAUUCAAACAUUACCAAGUCAAUUAUGGAUGAUUUAUAUUGUUGAUUUGUUUUUGGAAGCUGAAGAUGAUUAUGGUAAUUGUAAUGAUGCAUCAUUAACAAUAUAUGAUGGAAAUGAUAAACUUGUUAUUUGUGGUUUACAACAACCAAAUCUUGUUUUAAUUAGUUGUUCAAAUAUUGUUCAAUUUAAUUUUAUAUCAAAUCAUCAAGCAUUUGGAUAUCGUGGUUUUAAAGUUUUUUUUAAAACUAUCGAUGUACCUAAUGGAUGGUCAUGUAUACCAAAUGGUUUUACAACAACAACGAAAAAAACAACAAUACAAACUUUAUCGUCAACAACUUUAGCACCACCAAGUCUUCAAAUUGCUGCUUAUGAUGGAACAACUAUAAAUGGUAUUCGACAAUAUUGUCAAUUUCCGUUUACAUAUGAAGGCAAUCAAUAUACAAAUUGUAUCUUAGAUCGACCACCAAAUACAACAAUACUUCAAAAUCUAACUGAUCCAUGGUGUUCAUUAACUAGUAGUUUUGAUAAGGAUCAUCAAUGGGGUUUUUGUGAUAUAGGUGUUACAGAUUCAACAUUUCAUGAUGUAUGUCGAAGUCAAUCACAAUCACUUAAAUGUUCACCUGGUUAUGUUAUUGAUAUAAUAACUGCUGAUUAUGCAGCUAAACCAGAUGGAAGUACAGGAACAACAUCAUGUGUUUAUAAUCAAAAUGAUUGUUUUCAAAAUGAUGCAUCAACAAUACAAAAUAUAUGUGCUGGUAAAACAUCUUGUAUUGCAUUUCAUUUUUCUAAAACUUUAGCAUUAUGUCAAAAUCGACCAUCAGCUUAUUUACAUAUUGAUUAUACAUGUGUACCAAAUGAUAUUCAAAAUAUUAAUACAUAUGAUAUAUGUAAUAAUGAUUUAAAACCACAAGAUAAUAUUCGUCGUGGAUUUAUAAUUUCACCAAAUUUUCCUAAUACUCAAAAGAAUAUUAAUUGUACAUAUGAUUUAGAAAUAUUAAAACCACAUCAAGAUAUAUAUCUCUAUAUAAUUGAUAUGGAUUUAAAUAGUCCAAAUAUAAUUGGACAAAGUUGUACAAAAGAUCGAUUAAUUAUUACAGCUGAUGCUAGUGUAACAGAAUGGUGUGGGCGAUCAUAUACUAAUAUGUUACUAAAAACAUGUCAUAAAUCUGUAUCAUUACAAUUGAUUCGUUCAUUUGAUGCUAGAGGACGUGGUGUAAAAUUUUAUUUUGAAUUUCGUGAACGAUCUCCAAAUGAAAUAUGUGAUGAAAUAGUUACAACUAGUACACGUCCAACAUUAUCACCUACACCACCAAUAGGAUCAACAACAAUAUCAUUACGUCCAGAUUAUUUUCCUUAUCUAUCUCCUCGAUUAUUUAAAACCUUAUGCUAUCCAGAUCUAUCAAGUUUAUUCGGUGCAAAUAAUUUUCAAUGUCCGUCAAAUUAUAUUAUUGUUAUUCAUCGAGCAUUUUAUGGUUAUGGUAAACGAUGUACUUAUACUCAAAAUGACUGUACAAGUGAAGCUGAUCACGUUUAUCGAACAUGUUCAGGAAAACAAACAUGUUCUAUAUCAUUUUUAAAUAUAUUUACUUUACCAGAAUGUAAUAAUGUUAUAGCUAAUUAUCUAUUUGUUGCAUAUCAAUGUUUGCCAACAUUAACAAUUAUUCCAACUAUUAAUAAUUUAUGUACAAGUCAAACUCAUGACUUAUUUGAAGUAAGUGGUAUAUUACAAAGUACAUCAUAUCCAUCUUAUACACAAACACAAUGUAUCAAUGUAACAUUAAGUCCACCAGAAGGUUCUGAUCUUGUUAUAUAUAUGUAUUUAUUAGAUCUUGAUAUUGGAUUACCAAAUGUAGAAACAGGUGACUGUACAGAUGAUUAUCUUCUAUUAUCAUAUGAAUGUAAUAAUCAACUGUAUCGUGAAUAUUUAUGUGGUACACGUCAAGCUGAACUUUUAUUUGAUACAUGUUCAUCAACAGAUAAAAUUUUUGUUUCAUAUAAUUUAACAAAUCAAAAUACUCAAUCUCAACGUGGUUUUGCACUUCUUUAUCAUCUACUACCAAGAACAACUACAAUUACAUUACCACCAACACGAAUAUCAACAACAAUGAAAACAACAGUAAUAACAUCAUUAGAUGUUGGACCUGGCCCAAUAAGUAGUAUGAUAUUACAAACAAGUGUAUGUGUUCAACAAUCAAUCCAAUUACGAUGUAAUGUUGAUUACGGUCUUGUUCUACAUAAAAUUGAUCUUGCUGUAAGUAAAAUAGGUAGUUGCAAUUAUUCAUCUGAUGAUUGCUUUGAAGAACGUACUUAUUUACACGGUACAUGUGGUGGAAAAUCAUCAUGUUAUAUAUUUCCUCCUUCAGUUCCAUUAUCGAAAUGUAAUAAUUCUAAAUCAACUUAUUUCUAUGCUGAAUAUCAAUGCAUUCCAAAUCGACCAAAGUUAAAUGUUAGUAUAUGUACAUCAACAAGUGUAUUCGAAAGAGUUGAAGGUGGUGCAAUUGUUUCAUCAUCUGGUUACACAUCCGAAUAUAGAGAAUGUCAAGUUACAUUACAAUCAGCAAAAUUAUUAGAAAAUUCUGCUCAUAAAGCGUUUUCUAUAUAUAUUGUCAUGUUUAAUUUACCUAUUGGAUCUUAUCGUGAACAAAGUUCACAAUGCAACGAUAAUGAUCCAUAUGUUGAAAUUGAAGAUUCACAAAUCGGUAUUACUCGUCUUUGUGGUAAUAGUCAUACACGUAAAUUAUUUGAAACAUGUUCAAAUAAUAUUCAAAUUCGUUAUAAAAAUUUUAAUAUAGCUACAAAUAAUAUUCCAUAUAAAGGCUUUCAAUUUUAUUUUGAAUCCAUUGAAAAAACACAAUGUUCAGAUGUUGUCACAAUUAUACCUCCAAAACCACAAGAACCAUUUGUUAUUAAAGAAGAAACUCUUUGUGCAUUAUCAAUUGAUCGUGAACGUGUUAGUUUUUCAUGUACACCUGAUUAUGGUCUUAUCUUUUUACAAUCAUAUGAAUUUAUUACAAAAAAUCCGGAAUCAUGUGAUAUUUCACAACAUACAUGUCAUUAUUUAAGUGAGCAACCACAAGCUCUCUGUGCUGGUCAACAAUCUUGUUCAUAUAUACAUUCAAUACCAAUCGGCCCACAAUUAAAUAUUUGUCACGGUAAUAAAGGUGAUUCAAUUCAAUUCUUUUAUCAAUGUAUACCAAUGAAACCAACAGUAACUUAUUUAAAAGCAACUUUUUGCAUUGAUACAUACGUUACAUUCAAUCGAGGAUUUAUUGAAACACCAAAUUAUCCAAAUCCAUAUAGAUAUGGUCCACAACAAUGUUCAUUACGUAUUUUAUUACCAAAUACUCCCGAGGGUAAACAACUUUCAAUAUAUCUGUACAUUAUAGAUUUAUCAAUACGUGAUACAUCAGCAAUAGAUUCAACAUCUACAUUUGAAUGUUAUGAUUCAAUUAUUUAUCGUGAUAGAAAAAUAACAAGAUCAUUAUGUGGAAAUAUUGAUCAACCUGUAUUCGAAUAUCAAACAGAUAAAGAUGAACUUGAAUUAAUAUUGAAUAUAACAGAACUAUUACCUUUAAAUAUGUCAAGUAAUUGGCGUGGCGCAAGAUUUUUUUAUUUAAUUGGAAAUCAAUUACUACCAACUUCACCAACAAUUCUAACAACACAAGGAACAAUAACAACUAUAACAACGGAAAAACCUAUUGGAAAUACUACAAUUAAACCUUCUAAUCAUAAACCUAUGAUUGCCGGUGUUGUUAGUGGUGUUAUAAUUGUACUGUUAUGCAUAAUUGGUUUUGUACUUUAUUGUCGUCGUUUACGUUCGAGAGGCAUUGAUGGAUCAAAAAUAGAAUAUAGACAAAAUAUAGAUGCAAUUAAUGAUGAUCUAAAUUAUAGACGUAGUGAAAAUCGUAGUAGUAUUCCACUUGAUGCAUUAAGAAGUCCAGCACUAUCAACAUUGACUACAAAAACAUAUCAUGAACAAAUUCAGAUAAAAGAUGGUUCAUUAGGAAAUAGUUAUGAGAAAAUAUUUAAUCGAUUCUUAGAUGAUACUGUUACACAAAUUACUGUUCAAGAUCCAUAUAUACGAGCAUUUCAUCAAAUCAGCAAUUUUUUACGCUUUUGUGAAGUUAUUAUUAAAUCACCAGCAAGGAUUAAACGUAUUGAUUUAAUUACGAGUUUUGAAACGAAUGAACAAGCAAAACAAACACAAAUUGAACAAUUAAAUCAAUUUAAAGAACAUCUUGCAGAAAAAUAUUCAAUUGAUUUGAUAAUACAAUAUCUACCUGGAUUACAUGAUCGAGAAAUCAAAUUAAAUAAUGGAUGGAUAAUUAAAAUUGGUCGAGGACUUGAUUUCUAUAAACCACCAGAAUCUAAACUAUCUAUUGGAUAUUAUGAUCUCGAUCUUCGUCCAUGUCAUCAAACGACUAUUGAUGUAUUCCAUGCUGAAAGAGUUCAUCCAUUAUCAUAA